AAAUAGUGAAAGGGGCUUCCUGAAUAAAAAGGUGGGUCGAGGGUUUGUUCUCUUCCAUUGCGUUUCUCAACUUCCAAAGAAUCUCUCUGCCGAUAGCUUUUUCGGGAAGCGGCACUAAUUGUUGCCUUGCAAGCUUACUUAAUUAGAUACAUAAGAUGCCAAGGGCAAAGGGAAAUGCAUCAGCAACCUGUAAGCCAGUUGAACCUGAAAAGCUAAGCGAGCCUGAAAAGCCAAUUGAGUCUGAUGAGAGGGUGGAUCUUGAUGAAGACAAUGAUCCUGAUGAGGCAAUGGAUGAAGAGGUCGAGUAUGAAGAAGUAGAGGUAGAAGAAGAAGUGGAAGAAGUGGAAGAAGAGGUAGAGGAAGAGGAAGUGGAAGAAGAAGAAGAAGAAGUAGAGGAAGAAGAGGAAGAAGAAGAGGCUAAUGAAGCUGAUGAACAGAAAAGCCCAAGUGGUGGUGGAGGGAAGAUUGAAGACGAGGAUGAGAGCAAAAAACAUGCUGAGCUUCUUGCCCUGCCACCUCAUGGUUCUGAAGUAUAUGUUGGCGGUAUUUCACAAGAUGCUUCUGAGGAGGACUUGAAGAGCUUUUGCGAGUCUGUAGGAGAAGUAACUGAAGUCAGAAUAAUGAAAGGCAAAGAUUCGGGUGAGAACAAGGGCUUUGCAUUUGUGACCUUUAGAAAUGUAGAAUUGGCUUCUAAAGCAAUUGAGGAGCUGAAUAAUACUGAAUUUAAGGGGAGAAAAAUAAAAUGUUCAACAUCUCAAGCAAAGCAUCGUCUGUUCAUUGGUAAUGUUCCUAGAAGCUGGGGAGAAGAAGAUAUAAAGAAGGUGGUGACUGAGAUUGGACCUGGAGUUACAGCUGUUGAACUGGUGAAGGAUAUGAAGAACUCUAGCAACAACCGUGGCUUUGCUUUUAUUGACUAUUAUAACCACGCAUGUGCUGAAUAUUCGAGGCAGAAGAUGAUGAACCCGAAAUUCAAACUAGACAAUAAUGCUCCUACUGUGAGCUGGGCUGACCCUAAGAAUGCUGAUUCUUCUCCUGCUUCACAGGUGAAAGCAGUAUACGUGAAGAAUUUGCCAAAGAACAUAACCCAAGAUCAGCUAAAGCAGCUUUUUGAACACCAUGGAAAAAUCACGAAAGUGGUUUUACCACCAGCAAAAUCUGGACAGGAAAAGAGUAGAAUUGGUUUUGUACACUUUGCAGAGAGGUCAAGUGCUAUGAAAGCUCUUAAGAACACUGAGAAAUAUGAGAUAGAUGGCCAGGUUUUGGAGUGUUCUCUUGCAAAGCCACAGGCAGAUCAGAAAUCUGUUGGUGGAUCUAAUUCACAAAAAUCAGGUUUGCUUUCAAGUUAUCCACCUCGUGUAGGUUAUGGUUUUGUUGGUGGUGCCUAUGGUGCUCUAGGUGCAGGUUAUGGCACAGCAGGCUUUGCACAGCCCCUGAUCUAUGGGAGGGGACCAACUCCUGCUGGUAUGGCAAUGAUGCCAAUGCUUCUCCCUGACGGGCGGAUUGGAUAUGUCUUGCAACAGCCAGGAGCACAGCCACACACCCCACCUUCACAUCAGAGAAGUAGUGGCAGGGGUGGGAGUGGGAGUGGCAGCAAGAGUGGUGGGAGCUCUAGCAGGGGAAGGCACAACAACGAUGGUGGCCAUGGAAGGAGGUAUCACCCAUAUUAAACUGCAGGGGAGAGCAGCGGCAAUGGUUCCAAUUUACUGCUUACCUUGAGUGCCCAUUGUGGAGGGAAUUAGGUGUGAGGACAGAGGGAGGGAAUCUCUUUGCUCCUAUUCCUAUGUGUGAUUUCUACUAUUAUGCCAUUUGAGAUUAUUUAGUGUUUCACUAUAAGUAGUAUUUAACCUUCAACUCCAUAAA